UAGGGAUGGCAGGGUUUGAUAAGCGCUUGCGCGCUCAGUGUAGACAAGCGCAUCCAACCAACUGGAAAUACAGAUGUGUAUUCUCAUAUUCUAACCAGGACGUAUUCUGUACCAACGACAGCUAGAAACUGAAGAAAAGACGCACUUUGUACAAUAUUAAGAUGGUGGAUUUUUCAUAACAGUCUUUUGACAAAUAAUAGGUUGCAGGCUUCAGCUAGGCUAAGUUGAUUUGAAACGGCGAUUCGGUGAAGAAAGACAAUGUGCCUAAGAGCGCUCCAUCUGUAAACAACCGACGUUUCCAUGCAAUAUCUCUCUGUGUCCGGUGAUGGGAUAUGAUGGAGGACAAAAGCCCUCGCGUAGCCGACUACUUUGUGGUGGCCGGCCUGACCACCUCCUCAAAGCCCCUGGAGGAGGAGCUUCACCAGCAGGCCGAUGAGUCGUGCCACCGCCCCGCCGCCGCGGCCGCUGGCCAGGGCAGGGCCCCCAUCACCGACGUGGCGGUGGUCAUCCGUUCGCAGGGCGAGGAGGUGCCGCGCGGCUACACCUGUGUGGAGAGCACCCCCUCUGGGCUGCCCGCGGAGCUCAACGCUGGGGCGCUCUUGGGGCCGCAGAUCUUCCUGUGCUACCGCAGGGGCAGGGACAAGCCCCCCCUCACAGACCUGGGAGUCCUAUAUGAGUGGCGGGAGAAGCUGAAGCCGGGCUGUCACAUCAUUCAGACCACGCCGUCCGGUCGCCCCGCCAACAUCAGUAACUCCUCCUCCCAGCGCAUCUACAUCACCUACCGCCGCGCCCAUGAGAGCCACUCCCACGCCUCAUUGGCCGUCAACGACAUCUGUGUCAUCAUUCCAGGAAAAGGGGAGACGCCCCCUCACACUUACUGCAAAGUGGAGAAGAACCUCAACAGCAGUAUGUGGGGGUCGUCCGUGUAUCUCUGCUACAAGAAGUCUCUGGCCAAAAGCAACACGCUGGCAUUCAAAGCAGGUCUGGUCUCUCGGUUCCCAGAGGAGGACUACGAGUCGUUUCCACUGCCCGAGUCGGUGCCUCUCUUCUGCCUGCCCAUGGGGGCGUCCAUCGAGUGCUGGCCCGCACACACCAAAUACUCCCUGCCUGUCUUCUCAACGUUCGUCCUCACUGGAGCCUCUGGAGAGAAGGUGUAUGGGGCAGCCAUCCAGUUCUACGAGGCCUACUCAGAGGAGAAUCUGACCGAGAGGCAGCGCGUGCAGCUGGGCCUGCAGGAUGGGAGUGUGCGGCCAAAGGCCUCCAUGACCGUCCACACCAACAAGAGCAUCUGCCUGCUCUCCCACUGGCCCUUCUUUGACGCGUUCCGCAGCUUUCUUACCUUCCUUUACCGAUACUCCAUCUCCGGCCCACACAUCCUCCCCAUAGAGAAGCACAUCUCCCACUUCAUGCACAAAGUGCCCUUCCCCUCCUCACAAAGGCCUCGCAUCCUGGUGCAGCUGUCUCCACACGAUAGCCUGAUGCUGAGCCAGCCAGUGUCCUCUCCUCUGCCUUUGAGUGGUGGUCGUCUGUCCACGCUGCUGUUGAACCUGGGCCCCAAGAACGCCGCUAGCCUGCUGGUCCUGGCCGUCACAGAACACAAGAUCCUGCUGCACUCACUCCGGCCGGCCGUGCUGACCAGCGUGGCCGAGGCCCUGGUCUCGAUGAUCUUCCCGUUCCACUGGCCGUGCCCGUACAUCCCGCUGUGCCCGCUCGCCCUGGCAGACGUCCUAAGCGCCCCUUGCCCCUUCAUCGUGGGAGUCGACUCGCGCUACUUCGACCUCUAUGAACCCCCGGCCGACGUGAGCUGUGUGGACCUGGACACCAACACCAUCUCCCACAAAGAGGACAGGCGAUCGCUGACCUGGAAGAUCCUGCCGAGGAAAGCCUGUAAACAUCUGAUCAACGCUCUGAGCAGCCUCCACCAGCAGCUGGCUGACGGUGAUCUGGUGACUCGGGAGGAUGGCCAGAUCGAGCCGGCCAUGAGCGAGCGCGACCCCGGUGGCGGUGGGGGCAAGAGCCUGCAGACCCUGGAGCUGGAGAUCCAGGAGGCCUUCCUGCGCUUCAUGGCGGCCAUCUUGAAGGGCUACCGCUCCUAUCUGCUGCCCAUCACCGAGGCGCCCUCCGAGAAGGCCACCGACGCCAGCUCACUCUUCGACCUGCAGGGCUUUCUGAAGAGCCGUGAUCGCUCGCACCAGAAGUUCUACUCGCUCAUGACCAAGACCCAGAUGUUCAUCCGGUUUAUUGAGGAAUGCUCUUUCGUCAGCGACAAAGACGCCAGCUUGGCCUUCUUCGACGACUGCGUCGACAAGCUCUUUGGAGCGGAGAAGGGAGGCAAGGUGGACAGUGAGAAGCUAGAGGACGCUCGGCUCAUUGAGCUGGAUAAGUCCCACCGCAGUGAACACACCGUCUUCAUCACCCCCCCAGAAAUGCCCCCAGAGGAGCCCACAGCACGCUACAGCUUCCUAACGCAGUCAUUUGUGAUAGUGUGUUACCGGGUGCUGAUGCAGCUCUGUGGGCAGUAUGGUCAGCCGGUGCUGGCUGUGCGCGUCCUGUUUGAGAUGAAGAAGGCCGGAGUCCAGCCCAAUGCCAUCACCUAUGGCUACUACAACAGGGCGGUCCUGGAGAGCACGUGGCCCUCCACCACUAGAGGGGGCUACUUCCUGUGGGGGAAGCUGCGAAACGUGCUGCGGGGUGUGGUCCAGUUCAAACAGGUGUGGCGGAGGCAAGCGCCCGUCUCCAGGGAGACACACCUCUCAGACGCCAGCGAUCUGGACAGCCUGAGUCACGGGAGUGUGGACAGCGCUAACGACUCGGCCGAGCGCGCCUCACUGGACACAGACUUCGCCAAAAUGGACUCUGGUGACGACAGAUCAAGCACAGGAGGUCAGUCAGACCAAGGCUAUGACUCCUUAUCCAAAGAGGAGGUGCGACUGGUGGGAACCGAGGAGCAGCUCUGCCGUCCUAAUGGGAAGGAGACGGAGCGAGACGCUCGCCCCUACGCCGGGUCUGGGCACCGGUCCGAGCCAGCAAUGCCGCCCACGGCAGAGAGCUGUGGCGGUGACGGGGGGACGCUCUCAGGAACGCUGCCCAAGAGCCGGAGGCCCAACUCCCUGGCCAUUUUUGGAGAGCGUCCGGCACACCCCAACCCGCCGACCGCCACCCCGGCCUCUGAGGAUGCCCAGAGGAAGGCUGAGGAGGAGGAGGAGCGGGAGGAAGACGUGGCUGCCAAAGUCGCCGUGGAGUGCAGCGCGAGCUGUGGUGUUGCCGUGGAGACGGGCAGCGCCGGUGUGACCGUGGUGUCGGCUCGGAGGAGAGCGGCCGCGGGAAUCGAGAGGAGCGCCAGUGUGGGCGCGGGGCUCAGCAGCGCGGUCAAGCGCAUCGACAUUCAGGCCGGCUUCGACCCGCUGUCCCUGCUCGCCGCCGAGACACACACGCCAACGCCCGCGCACACCCCCAUGACCACACGCGCACAGACGCCGGGCGACGGAGACAGAGACGGCGAGGCGGACGCGCCGGACACCCCCACCACUCGCCGACACCUGGCCGAGGAGAUAAAACUGCACAUGGACAACCUGAGCAGCCCCGUCAGUGACCGCCCGCACAAUUUGGACCAGCGGGGCACCCUUACCCCUGCUCCGUCCCCUUGCAGCUCACCCAGACAAUCGGGCGCAUCAAAGCCCCGGGCAGCAGAGCAGCCCCCCCUGCCCCAGUCGCCCCCCCUGCCCCUGCCCCAGCUGCGCAGCCGGCUCUUCUCCUCGCCGUCUUUGCCCCAGGGGGGGUCGCGCAGGCAGAAGGAGCGGCCCACCUCCCUCAUCUCACCCUCCUCGCCCUCCCCCACCCCCUCCUCCUUCUCCAUGGACUCGCUCUUCACCCCCACCCUCGACGUCUUCAAGAGCAGCUUCCUGUCGGCGGGGAAGGGCGUGGCCGAGAAAGCCAGCCGAUUCUACUCACGCCUCUCCUCCCAGACCUCCCUGCAGCAGGAUGCCAACUCGGACCGCGUCAGCAUAUCCUCCAUGGGCUCAGGCGACCCCGAGUGCUUCUCGCUGUUCGACGGUGACUCGUGUGUCGACCCGGACGGUUUCAAUGUCGCCAAGCGUGACGGCGCUCUGUCCUGUCCCAGGUGGAGUCCUGCCAGCCUGAGCCAGGAGAGCCCCACAGCGCCACCUAGGCUCUUCCGUCAGUCCUCCCUCUAUGGCUCUUCAGCCGCCCUCUCCAAACCUGCACACACUCCAGACUCGUCUCCGGACAACGGACGCUCCGCUGCCCACCUGUCUUACGCCAUCGAGGUGCUGAUGUCCAGCUGCUCACGCUGUAACACCUGUGAGUGCCUGGUGUAUGAUGAGGAGAUCAUGGCGGGCUGGACAGCGGACGACUCCAACCUCAACAGCACCUGCCCCUUCUGUGGGUCUCCAUUCCUGCCCCUCAUGGACGUGGAGAUCAGAGACCUGCGCACACAGAAGAGCAGGUCUUCCCCCCAAGAGGUGGCCACAUCCUGCAGUGACCAGAGCCCUGAGAGCACAGGCCAGACCGAGAGCCCAGACAACGCCCCUGCCAGUGACCAGAGCCCUGAGAGCCCAGACAACGCCCCUGCCAGUGACCAGAGCCCCCCACAGCACAAGGACCCGCCGGUUACAUCCAAUGCCCAGAGCCCCACACAGCACAGGGACCUGCCGGUGACACCUGCUGCCGCUCCUGCCAGCUUGGCUAAAUCUCCAGCGGAGCGUGUGUGCGUGCCGUACCUGAGUCCGCUGGUGCUGUGGAAGGAGCUGGAGUCCCUGCUGGAGAACGAGGGGGACCAGGCGCUCUGUUCGGCCGCCGUGGUCGACCACCACCCCAUCGUCUUCUGGAACCUUGUCUGGUUCUUCCGCCGGCUGGACCUGCCCAGCUGCCUGCCCCCGCUCAUCCUCAGCUCGCAGCACUGUCUCCAAGACGACCAGGGCUCACAGACCGGUUCUUCAGAGGAGAGUAAGAACGUUCUGGUCCAGAUUCUGUGGGACAAUCCCAGACUGCACCAGGACCCCAUCCAGCCCUGCUACAAGCUCUGGAACAAACACUGUGUGAGUGUGUGUGGUCCGGCUCCGUUGUGGGAGGAGGAGAGUCCUGAGCAGGCGGUCAGCCUGGAACUGCUGCAGAGUGUGGUCAAGAGCAUCAAGAGGAACGACGUCUACCAGCCCAUGAGCCAGGUCCUCCAGCAGCUCGGAGACCGCCUGGGCUUCACCAGACAGAGGAGUCUGUACAGAGAGCUUCUCUUCCUGUCUCUGGUGGCCUUGGGCAAGAACAGUGUGAACAUUGAUGCCUUCGACCGCGAGUAUAAGAUGGCGUAUGACCGUCUGACCCCAGGUCAGGUGAAGCUGACGCAUAACUGUGACCGUCCACCCAGCGCUGGGGUGAUGGAGUGUCGCCGGACCUUCGGCCUCCCCAGCCUGUGACACCCCGUGUGGACACCAACCACCACCCCAACCCCUCCCCAUCUAACCCCCAUCCUCCAUCCUCCAGUCCCAUCUCUCCUGCUCUGCCUGGGACUCCACCUAGACUCCCCUAACACUGCUACAUUCUCUCCCCAGUUCCUGUCUCUCCUCUCACUGGAAAGAAGCCUGGAGGUUUGAACUGGAGGUGGAAAUGAAACCUCUUAGAUGUGGGCAGGAGUCGUCCCAACCCCCAACUUCCUCCCUCCUUCUAUCUCUCCUCCCCUUUUCCCCUCCACACGUAUUCCCUUCUUUUAACUGGAAAGUUCCACUCGACCAAAGCCACCUCCAUGCUGCUCCCACAUGACACGUAGCCAGGUACACUAUGGAGGACCCCCCUGUGUCCUUCUUUGAGACUGUUCCCCGAUGUCUGGUCUGGUCUCGUCUGCUUUGUCUGUUUGUUUUUUUCUUUUGUCGGUCUGCCUUCUCCCUCUCUACCUUUCUCUCUCUCUCUCUCUCUCUCUCUCUCUCUCUCUCAAGCACUCUCCACCACCUGACCAAUGGACCUUUGUAGUUCUUUGUAGUUCAGUAUGUUCCCCGCCACACAAUAACCCACUAGAUCCACUCAGGAAAAAAAGAAAAAAAUUAAAGAAAAUGUUUCUGCUAUUUUCACUACAGGUCACAGUAGAUUAGGAGCAAUAAUGUGCUCAGGUCAUAGCCUCUUGUCCAGCCAGAGACCACAAACACAGUUUCCACUGGACACAGAGAUUUUGGGACCAGUAGAAUUUUCACAACAGUGUUUAGCCACUCAAGUCUCAUCUUUGUAAGGAAGCACUUAGCGUAUAAGCACAAAGACUAUCACCCUCAGAGCAGUGCUAGCUAGCUAACUAGCUGCCUCACACAAAGACUAUCACCCUCAGAGCAGUGCUAGCUAGCUAGCUGCCACACAUUCCUCUCCAUGUUACAUUAGCAAUUAGACACCAACCCUGUUUUACUCUUAACACAUGUAAAACAACUAAUAUCUGAUUGGUCCAAAAAAAGCUUCUCAAACAAUCGUUUGAGGUGUUGUUUGUUUUGCAGGAGCUAAAGGUCUCUACACAUGCUGUGGGUAAUUCAGGGCCUCUUGGUGGCACUACAGGGGCACUUGUGUUUAACAAUUUAUGUAAUUCUGUAGAUAAUCAAAUAUUAUUGUUAUUAUUAUCAUUAUUAUAUUACUGACAAUAUUUGUAUCAUACAGGUAUAUUUUAAGAUGGAUGUUUGAUAUAAUCGACUUUAUGUUCAUUUGUAAAAAUGAAAUGUUGAUAUGACGUUGGAUUUAUUUUGCGAGAGUGCGGUUUGUUCCUGUGAUUUGUGGUGGUCCUGGUGACCGCUUUGCGUGGGCUGUGUCGUGUGAGUGUCGUAAACAUGACUGUGUUCGUAAGUGCUGAAGAACAAAACUGGACCAAAAAAAAUGGCAAGUGGGGGCUGUGUAGAAAAUAACCCCUACAUGGGUAGAUAAAUGUGUGUUUAGGCCUACUUAUGAACUGAAGAGACUCCUUUACAUAGCAAAGAUAUAUGGAACCUGUUGACAACUGGAAUCCAGAAGCUGCUGGAAACAUUGGUAUCACAUCUCUUUCCUUCUGGAAAAAAGGGAAAGCAUUGACUGUUGAUUGAAAUUGUUUAAAGUAUAAAUUCCACUCUAUCUUAAUAUUUUAUCCUUACUAUGGUGAACGUGAAAUGCAAUAUUGCCAUGUUUAUUUUUAGAAUGACUUAACAUGGCCAGAGCGAUGAGUCCACAAGCAGUCAGAAACACUGCAGGAGGUACAAGUUUGAACACAUACACCCAAGAUUGUCGCUGGUACUGACAUAGAACUGGCCCUGACUUGGCAUGGAAUCUGGCCCUGACUUGGCAUGGAGUCAUGGAUGAAUGAUGGAUCAUCUGUGUUAGGAUUGGGCCAGAAUGGCUCCCAACGUGGCGGCCAUCUUGGGCAGUGACUCUUAAAGUAUUAUAAAAGUUUUGCCUUGCACACAAGUAGCUGGCAGCUGGAGAGCGCCGAGCUGCCUCUGCCAAUUUGUCAGUGUUAAAUCUACAUGAGUUAGUUUAGUAAUGUGGUCCUCUGGUGAGCUUGAGCUGCAGCAGUACUGCUGGAUGGUUAUGAAGUGGAGGACAGUUACGGUACAUAAACAUUUGCACUGAAAUACAAACACACAUACACUAAUACACACACACACACACACAUACAGAGAUUACACAAAUACUGCCAGGUUUUUUCUAAAGGAGUGAAAUCUUACUUCAAAGAUCAGCUUCAAUUUGUUGAACUCAAUUGUUUAUU